AUGGCUCUAUUUAGAGAUAUGGCGGGGAUCCCUCCCCUCACGGCGUCAACUGCCGAUAGUACCCUGAUCAUCAUCGACGCGCAAAACGAAUAUGCCAAUGGUCUUCUUAAGGUUCGCUCUGUCGACCAAUCUCGCGCUGUCAUCUCUUCUCUUCUCUCCAAAUACCGCGCCGCUGCGCAGAAAUCCGAAAAAUCAAACAUCGUCCAUGUUCUCCACAAGGUACCGGAGGGUACUCCCGUGUUCACGCCUGGCACCCCGCUGGCAGAAGAAUUCGACGAGCUGAAACCACUGGAUGGGGAGAAGGUGGUUGUCAAGGAGUUCCCGAGUUCGUUUGCGAAGACGGGUUUGGACGAGUGGCUGAAAGGAAAGGGAUGCAAGAAAGUGGUGUUGGUUGGAUACAUGGCCCAUGUUUGUGUGUCAACAACAGCUCGGAGUGCGAACGAGCUCGGAUAUGAUGUUGUUGUUGCUCAGGAUGGUGUUGGUGAUCGAGAUCUCCCGGGAUAUAAUGGUGAAGAAGUGAAGAAGAUGGCGCUCCUAGAGAUUGCAGAUUUCUUUGGUACCUUGGUGGAUAGUAAAGAUAUCAACUAG